GCGCAACUAGAGUAACAAGAUGGCGGAGAGUGCGGAACUGAAGCAAAUGGUAAUGAGCCUUCGAGUUUCUGAGCUCCAAGUGUUGUUGGGAUAUGCAGGACGGAAUAAGCACGGGCGCAAACACGAACUUUUGACCAAAGCUCUUCACCUUCUCAAAGCUGGUUGCAGCCCUGCUGUGCAGAUGAAGAUCAAAGAGCUCUACAGACGACGUUUCCCAACCAAAAUGGUUUCACCAGUGGACUUGGCUCUUCCUGGUGUUCAUUCUGCAUCCAGCUUGCCUGCUGGUCUUGCCCAGCUGGGUUUUGACAGCCAUGGUUCUCCUUCCCCACUGCUGCCGGUUUCUCUACUCGGACCUAAGCACGAGUUGAGUCUGCCUCACCUCGCCUCUGCCCUGCACCCUGUACACCCUGACGUUAAGCUCCAGAGAUUGCCAUUCUAUGAUGUGCUGGAUGAACUCAUUAAACCAACCAGCUUGGUUUCUGAUAACAGUCAGCGGUUCCAGGAAGCGUGUUAUGCUUUUGCGUUAACACCGCAGCAAGUUCAACAAAUCAGCAGCUCCAUGGACAUAUCUGGGACCAAAUGUGACUUUGCUGUUCAAGUCCAGUUAAGAUUUUGCUUAUCAGAAACAAGUUGUCCACAGGAAGACCAUUUCCCCCCCAAUCUUUGUGUGAAGGUCAACGGCAAACCCUGCAAUCUCCCGGGAUAUCUUCCUCCCACCAAAAAUGGAGUUGAACCAAAAAGGCCCAGUCGCCCCAUCAACAUAACGUCUCUUGUCCGGCUGUCCACCACUGUUCCCAACACAAUUGUGGUGUCCUGGACCUCAGAAAUUGGGAGGAGUUUUUCCAUGGCGGUAUAUUUAGUAAGACAGCAGUCAUCUGCAGUGUUGUUGCAAAGACUACGGGCCAAAGGAAUCAGGAACCCUGACCACUCGAGAGCCCUGAUCAAGGAGAAAUUGACAGCUGACCCAGAGAGUGAGAUUGCGACCACCAGUCUACGAGUUUCUCUCCUGUGUCCUCUUGGAAAGAUGAGGCUGACUAUCCCUUGCCGAUCGAUGACAUGCUCACAUCUUCAGUGCUUUGAUGCUACACUUUAUAUUCAAAUGAAUGAGAAAAAGCCGACCUGGGUGUGUCCAGUGUGUGAUAAGAAGGCCCCAUAUGAGCACCUUAUUAUUGAUGGGUUGUUCAUGGAAAUCUUGAAUAGCUGCUCUGACUGUGAUGAAAUCCAGUUUAAGGAAGAUGGAAGCUGGGCGCCGAUGAGGUCAAAGAAAGAAGUGCAGGAGGUUUCUGCUUCCUACAAUGGUGUAGACAGCGAUUUGUCUAGAACAGAAACUCGUGAGCAGAAACGGGACUCAUCUCAUGACAACAAGAAAGUUGAUGUGAUUGAUCUUACACUGGAUAGCUCCUCAGAAGACGAGCAAGAUGAUGAGCCACCUCCGAAAAGGGUCUGUCAAUCGCUGUCUCCUGUGUCUCCACCUGCAAACAAGGGAGUACUGAACCUGCACAGCCAAGCUUCACCUGUUGCCAGAGCUCCCAGCAUGCCCCCUGUGGAGACCAGUUAUAUCCCUCCACCGCCACCUCUUAUCCAGGACUACCGCCACUAUUAUCACACAAGUGACCUGCCAGAUCUAAAUUUCUUCUCCUUCCUCCAAGGUGACAAUCAGCAUUAUAACAUGGUGAUGGCUGCUGCAGCAGCUGCAUCAGCUUCGGCCCCGGAGGACCAUGACCUGCUCCUCAACCGGUUCCUGCCCUACAGCUCCUCUCAAAUGUUACGGGAGCAGCCUGGCACCCCCGGCAGCAGCACACUGGCAGCCACCAACGGAGGCAGCAACAGUGGAAGCACCAGCAGUUUGGUGUCUUCCAGCAGUCUGCGGGAUCGUGAAAAAGACAGAGACAGCCACACCAUUUCAGGAUUGUCAAGGUCCUCUGUGGAAGCUGCAGCAGCAGCAGCAGCCAUCUAUGGCUCCAUAUCUGACGUUAUCUCUCUUGACUAGGUCCACACAGAACUAAAAGACAAGGGAGACCUCGAACGGGAGAACUUUGUAAAUAAUGAAGAGGAAGAUGAAAGAAUACAGUGCUAUGUACAGAGAGGAAAAUCUAUUUUCAAUUUUACUUAUUAUAUGUACAUAAACUUAGGACGCUUCUUGUCCGGUAAGUUACUUCAGUUGAUAUUUUUCUGUGAAUACUGAAGACUUUUUCACACCUCUUCAUGUGGUCCUUUGAUUAUAAUGUAGCUUUUGUACCUGUUUUUACAGUUUUUGUUUCAAUAUUUAACGUCAAUGGCAUUAUUUCAGCACACAUGCACAGAACCCAAUGAGGCAACACCUUCUGGAACAUAUUUAGAAUAUAAAGAAAAUGAGCAUCGUUGGAGAGAAAUAAAAGGCAAGGCAGUAACAAAAUAUGUUACUAUUUCUUUAUUUUCUAAAUAUAGUUUAUCUGUCAAAAUGUUUUGGCAGCAGAAAGAUCUGGCCUUUUUUGCCAUCACUGUAGAUGUAUUUUUUUCUCAGACAUUCAUGCUGUGGUUGUUAUUUUUAAAGAAUUAUUUAUGAUGUAAGUUAUGUUGGAUGUGUGCUAUUUUUAAAAGACGCAUUCCCUAUGCUUCUUGGAACUCUUGGCACUAGAUAUGCAAAUGCUAGAUCCUUCUGUUGUUAUAAUGGCACUCUUUAUCUCCUCACUUUUAAGCAAAUCUGUUGUGAACAACAUGGUAUUGCUCAGACUGUACGUAAAAAAAACUACAGUCAUUCGGACGUACGUAAAAAUUGGGAGUAAAUUUUUUUGGGAUCAGGCUUUUUCAUUGUGUAAAUGAAGGGCACUGGUACAGCAAGCACACACAAUUGGACCUUUAUAUUUAUUUAUAUAUAUAUAUAUAUAUAUAUAUAUAUAUAUAAAUUUAAAUUAAAUGUAUAUCAAAGACUUGCUAAAUUUUGCUUUUUUUUUGUUUGUUCUUUAAGUGUACAGAGGGUCUUUGUAUUACUCUUAAAAUAUACACAGAAAACUACAGAGACAUGACCAGUUGGCUGGUUUCUGUUCUGUUAAGUCAAUCCUUAAUUUAAAAUUUAUGUCUGUUCACUUAGUUUAAGUGGAUAAAUUACAUUUCAGUCUGUUCUAUUGUAGCACUUGUCUAUUCUUUUUCCUGUUCAAUAAGGUGUGUGUGGAGCGGUGAAGAGUUACAGUUCACACUUGGUUUUCAGCUUUUUAUGUCUGCCGAUUGCCUGAAAGCUCACCUGUUGAAUUGCUGUGCUGUUCUGUAGUGAGGCCACAGGAUGCAUAGCGUUUUUUUUGGUGUUUAAUGUAUUUGCAACAGCCUUUAAUAUAAAUGUGAUAGCGAAAUCUUUGAGUGAAUCACAACAUGCAUUUUGGCCCAGAGAUUGAAAUGAUUAUGGAUGCCUCCCCUCCUGUUUAUUUUUUUCUUUGUCUUUGUCCUUUUUUUUUUUUUUUUUUUGACUUGUGCUUACAGUUAGGAUUAUUUAUUAUCAUAUAUAUUUUCAACAUUUUGUUUGAUUUGUGAAUAUGCAUUGCUGUCAUUGUACGUGAUAUUUUCUUUUGUAAUUAUAUUAUUAAUGCUAUUUAAAGAUGUCACUGUUGCUUGACAUGCAUUGUAACAUUCUCAGUUUCUGUCUGUUUUGCUAUCAGAUGAUGUCAAUAACUCAAUAGAAGCUUUGAUCAUUUUGAACCGC